AGGAGACGAUCGUUCGGUCGGUGAUGUGGCGGCGCUGAGGGCGGCCGGAGCCCCGGAGCGUCGCCAUCAUGGCGGAGCCGGCGGGGAGCCCCUCAGCGGCGGAGUCUCCCUCGGUGGCAGCGGCUUUGGACCCGGAGUUCCCCCCUCAGAGCCGGCCGCGCUCUUGCACUUGGCCGCUUCCCCGGCCGGAGCUGGUGGCGGCCGAAACGGAGCCCGGGGCAGCGGCCGGCAGCGGACUGGGGAGCCCUGAGGAGCCGGCCGGAGUGGCUGUGGCCGGGGCGGCGGCGGCCGCGGCGCCAGGAGGCGGCGGCAGCGGCGGGUCCGGCGGAGCGCGGAAGAGCAGCGGCGGGUCCGGCGGCGGGGCGCGUCGCAACGCCUGGGGCAGCCAGUCUUACGCGGACCUCAUCAGCCAAGCCAUCGAGAGCGCCCCGGACAAGCGCCUGACGCUGGCGCAGAUCUACGAGUGGAUGGUCCGCUCCGUGCCUUACUUCCGCGACAAGGGCGACAGCAACAGCUCCGCCGGAUGGAAGAACUCCAUCCGACACAACCUCUCCCUGCAUAGCAAGUUCAUUAAAGUGCACAACGAGGCUACAGGGAAGAGCUCUUGGUGGAUGCUCAAUCCAGAAGGUGGCAAGAGUGGAAAGGCCCCGCGGAGGAGAGCGGCCUCCAUGGACAACAGCAGCAAGCUGGUCAAGCCCAGAGGAAAAGCCCCUAGGAAGAAGGCAGCCAUGCCAGUGGCCCCAGAAUCUACUGCCGACAGCCCAAGCUCCCAGUACUCCAAGUGGCCUGGCAGCCCUUCUUCCAGAAGCAAUGAGGACUCUGAUGUGUGGACCAGCAUCCGGCCUCGGACCAGCUCCAAUGCAAGCACCAUCAGUGCAAGGCUUUCCCCCAUCCUAACUGAGCCAGAUGACCUUGGAGACGAGGAGCUCCUUCCAUCCCUUGUCUUCUCCAGCACAUCUAGCAGUGUCCCACCCACAGUGACAGAGGAGCUGGAACUCAUUGACGGCCUGAAUCUGAUGUCAUCAAGCUCAUCCUUGCUGUCGACUCAGCAGCCUUCUCCAAGCGGUCUGGCACAGAGGAAUCCCAGUUUCUCCUUGCGAAGCCAGAGCUCAGCUGCUCAGGCGUCGUCAUUUGGCAGCUCCCUCUUCAACCCUGUUGAUAUUUCUCUGCACAGCUCUGCCAGCCACUUCUCUGGCCCACAGACCCUGGAAGCCCUCCUGACAUCCAACUCGCCACCACCCAGUGAUGUGAUGAUGACACAGGUGGAUCCGAUCCUCCCGCAGAGUGGAGGCAGGUUGAACAGCCAGACUUUUCUGCUUCUGGGUGAGCAGUCCUCCAAAAACAAGAUGAGGCCAGUUAACCCAUUAAGAAAGCCUCCGGAGCAGCAGCUGGAGUCAGUUGGCACUGCUUCCUUGCCGACUGCAUUUUCAAUGGCAUCUCCUCAGAAUACAGUCAGCCUGUCAGCUUUGAAGGCAUCGGGCUCCACACAGCCUGCCCAGGUGGUCCAGCUGGGCACCCAGCCAUUUCUGUCUGCAGCUACAUUUGCCCCUUGUGGAGGCAGUCAGGACAGAUUGCCCAAUGAUUUGGACGUUGAUAUGUACAUGGAAAAUCUUGAAUGUGAUGUGGAUUACAUAAUCAACACUGACCUCAUGGAUGGAGAAGGACUGGACUUCAAUUUUGAACCCAUUCCAUCUGCUCCCAGUUAUCCCAACACGUCACAGGCCUCCAACCAUACCUGGGUACCCAGUUAACUUCAGGAUUGACAAA